AUACAUGUAUAUAUAUAUAUAUACAUAUAGUUAAAAUAUUUUCAUUUUGUAUGAACAAUAAUCUGAAUUAAUUAACGCUAUGAAGGAAUUACGGCGUAGUGAAAAGCUUAGGAUUAAAAAUAUUAUAGUAUGAUAGAUAUUGCUGUUUAUUUAAUUAAAAGAGAUGUAUGUGAAUUAUAUUCUUAUCGUGUAACGAUCAUCAAUUCUAAUCUCCUUUACGUACAUAUGCCAACAAUUGUGCAUUCUUGUAUAUAACCUUUCGUCUAUAACGAUAUAGAAUUAAUAAUAAUUUAUCCUCAACCUUUGUCAUCAUGAUUAAGGCCAUUUUAGUUUUUAAUAAUCAUGGAAAGCCACGACUUUCAAAGUUUUACCAAUACUUCAAUGAAGAUAUGCAACAACAGAUCAUUAAAGAAACGUUUCAACUUGUAUCAAAAAGAGACGAUAAUGUUUGUAACUUUUUGGAGGGUGGUAGUCUAAUAGGAGGAUCCGAUUAUAAAUUAAUUUAUCGCCAUUAUGCCACCCUUUAUUUUGUAUUUUGCGUUGACAGUUCUGAAUCAGAACUUGGUAUUCUAGAUCUGAUACAAGUUUUUGUAGAAACUUUGGACAAAUGUUUUGAAAAUGUGUGUGAACUCGAUCUUAUUUUUCACGUUGAUAAAGUUCAUUAUAUACUUAAUGAAUUAGUGAUGGGUGGUAUGGUAUUAGAAACUAACAUGACAGAAAUACUAACAAGAAUAGAGGAUCAAAACAAAUUGGAAAAACAAGAGGCGGGAAUCAUAGCUGCGCCAGCGCGUGCUGUAUCGGCGGUGAAGAAUAUGAAUAUUCCUCAACAAAUAAAGGAUAUGAAGCUACCUGAUUUACCGCAAGCAAUAAAAGAUCUCAAAUUCUGACCAGCCGUUACAUCGUUGGCUCCCAGCUGACUGCUUUCUUCUACCAACCAAGGUACAAGCGAUAAUACUACAAGGAUAGUCUUUCCUUCCCUUCGAGUGAAUGAAAAUGCACCAAUGUUGCCCAACACCUCGUACACCUCGUCUCAACGAUAUCAGAGUUAAAGUGUAUAAAGAACUAUUUAAACAGUUGUCUUCUUUGUGCUGAAAAAACAAAAACAAAAACAAAAAAAAAAGAAA